UAAUCUGUUGGUAGUGCAUUGUUUUAAUAUUUGAGCAAUGUUUACAGAUUUCUAGUGGUAAACUUUUUUUUAUCUUCAACUCAGUGCACAUGAGAAAAAGGUAUAUAUUAAGUUUUCCAAAAUGCAGCACAAAAUGUAAUGGGCACAUGGAACGAAUGUAUAAUCAAUUAAAUCUAGGUGCAGACAAUACAACCCAGGAAAGUUUGGAGUUCCAAAAAAAACCCACUAAGCACUAAUGACUGUACAAACUCUGGAUUUUUCUGCAUUAGGAAGAUUAGCAGGUGAUGGCUGAGGGUAUCUGGUUUGGAUAUAAAAGGAUUUUGUUCCUAUAAUGAUUGCUUAUGACUUCCCACUCUCUCACUUCCCACUUUGUUCACUUCAACCUGCAGACAUGCAGAGGUUAUCUAUAAUGUCAUGCAAAAGUAUAUCUUUCACAAUAGAACCUCAAACCUAAGCAUGCAAAGUAGCAGGUAAUUGUCAGUCAGGAGUUCACAGUGAUUGAAAGUAUACAUGGUCUUCAAAAUUAUUUAGCUUUAACUUUAGAGUUACUUUACAGUGUUGCACUCUUUUGUGUUGCUCUAUCGUAUAGAAUUCCAAUAGGAUGGAUUGAAGUUUUCAGUUAUAACCUGGAAAAGUAUGAAAAAUUUCAAAGAGUGUUAAUACUUUUGUCAGGUAUUUUAUCAUCACUGGGUAAUUUGACAGAACAUUGGCAGAUCUCACGUUGACUCAGAAAUGAUGAUUAUGGGCUUGCAAACUGCUGAGUUUCUAAAUAAUUGAAGACAAGAAAAAGUUUGUCUUUUUUUUUUUUAUUUAGAAAUUUUGCUAUUCUUUUUGUAAAAAAUGUUUUCCUUGAAUGGUCUUUGCAUUACUCUUUAUUACACUAUCAAAGGUAUUCUGACUCCUUACUCAUUAAAAAGUCCUGUCCAAUUUCCUACUUUGGGAAAACAAACAAAUCAAUAUUUCAAAAUUGCCACCAAUGAUUUUCUGUCAAAAUUUUAAAGAACUUUUGAAAUCCUAUCUGAUGUGUUGGAACAAAAUUGCCAGUUUCUCAGCCUGAGUGUGUGACAGUCUGUUUAAUUACGCUUCCUCCUUAUUUCCUGUAUGUUUAUUCCUACCAGCUAGUUGGGCAACUGUAUGACCAUGACUCCGGCAGCUGCAUCUGUUGCAUAAUCAUUUGUUUGCAUGCAACAACAAAGAACAUGUGAGGUGUACUUUCCAUAACCACACCCUCCUAAACAAACUCUGAUAAGUUAGGUGUGCAGUAUGCUGCCCGGUUAGUCUUCACACUUACAAGCUGCUGUGUACAGCCUCAUGGAACAAACAGUGAACAUAGUUUCAAGGCAACAGUGGGGAGCAGCGGCCCCGAAGCAAAAGGAGAGCCUGGAAGGUCCAGCCCAGAGAGUUGUGAUACACCACACUGCCCUCCAGAGCUGCAAAGACCUGGCAGAGUGUACAGAUGAGCUUCUGACAAUCCAGAGGCUUCAUAUGAAGGAAAGACACUUUGAUGACAUUGGGUAUAAUUUUCUUGUUGGCGGAGAUGGGAGUCUAUUUGAGGGCCGAGGUUGGGGUGUGAUGGGAGCGCAUACCAAAGGUCACAACGGUGACUCCCUGGGCAUUGCUUUCAUGGGCAAUUUCAACAAUGACACACCAAGCAGAGAGGCAAUAUUGUCAGUCAAACAGCUGCUAAUGUCUGGAGUUUUACAAGGCUUCAUCCGACCAGAGUUUGCCCUGUAUGGCCACAGGGAUUUAGGAGCUACACAAUGCCCUGGAGAAAAUCUUUAUGCUGCACUAUCACAACUGAGAAGCUCAACUUAAAAUAAACUCCUGAGGGAAAGAGAGAAAGGGGAAGACUAAACUAUGAAUUUCUUUCAACCCUUAACCAGGGUCAUGAGGGUAGAACUCAUAUAUUUUUUUAUCUGCUGCUGUCAAAACGCCAAGACCGUUUCAUGCCAACGACAAGUAACCCAUAACACUAAGAUACUGGCAGUUGAAACUUUCCUGUAAGUCCAGUAAGUUGUGAGGUGGAAACUCCAGAGAUUGGGCAAGACAUCCCAAAAGUGCUCAGCUGAAUUGAAAUCAGAGGAAUCUGGAGGCCAAGUCAAUACCUCAGGCAUGUUGUUCUGCUCCUCAAACUAGUCCUGAAUAGCUUUUGUUUUGCUACAGAGUGUAUUAUCGUGGUGAAAGAGGUCACAGGCAGCAGGAUAUACUGCUUUCAUGAACAUUCACCCGCACCUUCUUUCAUUUCUCCUUGGAGCAGUUCUGAAAGAUUGAAUUUGAGCAACAGUUGCUGUCUUUUAUUUGAUCAACGCACAUUGAUCAUAAUGGGCAGGGAUCAUAUCCCCGACUCCAAUAUUUCUCUGCCUGGCUUUCUAACCCCGGAUAGAGAUUUAAGGAAGAGCCGCAAAAGCAAGUGAGGUGGAUUAGCUGUGCUCCCAACAGUUGGUGAUGUCAUUUGGGACAAUAUUAUCACUGCUGCCCAGAAAUUUAAAAUGUAGCGUGUCGUGACAGCCAUGAGACUGUCAUACAGCAACAGUCUUUAGUCAGAGGGCUCUUCAGAGUUGAUGUGAGACUGACUGCCACCUAUCAAGUUUGAGGAAAACUUUCUCUUGCUGUUUAAUAUCUUAGUUCUACUAACAAGAGCUGUGAUGAAGAGAUAAUUUGUGUUAUUGACUUUCCUGUCAGUAGUCGUAAUGUAAUGUCCAAACUGUAUCAAAUCUCAGCCUGUAAGGUUUGUGCUUCUCCACCAGAGGGAGCAAUGAUAAAGGAUGAGAUUUAAAAAGGGGCUCCUUAUCUGCAACACUAAAACCUCAAUGUUUUCUGUUGUACUAUUGACCAAUUACUUGCGUUCAACUGCAAUACUACUAUAAAAUUCUAUUUAAUUAUUGAUUCUAGCAUAAUGGGUGCCGGCAAAUCUAAAUUCAUAUAUUUAUUCAUGUGUUGUAUUUUUUUAAAAUAAAAAAUAUUGUAAGAUCGCU